UUCAUUUCCCCGAAGUUAAGUUUUUGCGGGGAAUUCAAAGAGGCUAAACUUGUGUUUUGCUUGUAAAAACGGUAGCUGCCCACACUGUGAAAGGAGUUGUUCAAACGGAUGGAUCAGCCAUAGUAUACAGCAGAACAAGGACUGUAAUCACCAAUCAAGAUGCGUCUAUCAUGUGAUGUUGAGCUCAAGAACCGUCUGCUGCCCUCACAUGGUAUGAAAGGGAAAGGCCGACCCUUGAGAUGCUCUUUGGCGAUUGGUCGGCGAGGCGGGAACAGCAGUAAUGGGCAAGAGGGUGCUGUCUUCCUCAUGGUGUGCUCGGCAAAAGAUAAAACUGGCACUAAAUAUAAGUUGAAGGGUAAUAUGGAGCAAGUAUUCACCAGGUUUGUCCAAGAAGGUAAAGCAACGCUUCGUCUCAAGGAACCAGAACAAGAUAUCUGCAUCAGUAAGGCGGACCCCUUGCAGUUGAAGAAUUUCCUCUCGGUAUUGAAGCUCGGCUGCCAGGGCAGCAAGCUUGAGAAGGUUCACCUUUCAACCCUGACCCCAGCAACCUCCGCCCAGGUUGAACGCCCCAAGACAAAGAUGGUGAUUCUACAGAGAUCCGACUACCCAAUACGGGAACGGUUUCCAAAAGGCCUGGAAUCCCUGAGGGUGAAUGGAUGCAGUCUGUCCCGCAUCGAUUCUCGCAUACUUGGACUUAAACAUCUACGUGCUCUGGAUCUGAGCAAGAAUCGCAUCCGGACGCUGCCUGAUGAUCCAGGACAAUCGACAGCCCUUGUCGAGUUAAAGCUAGCAGACAACCUCCUGGAGAGACUUCCUCCAGCCCUUUGUCUCAGCAGUCUCAGGAACACCUUGCAGUUCCUGGACCUCGCCGGCAACAAUCUCAAAUUUCUCCCUCCUCAAAUAUGUGAGAUGACGUCCCUGCUGCGACUGCACGUUGCAAACAAUCAGCUGACAACUCUCCCCGAAAACUUUGGACGUCUGGAGAAGUUGAGAUUCUUUAGCGCCCAAGAGAAUCAGAUGGUGGUGCUGCCAUUCUCUUUCAUGGACCUGUCGAUGGAUGAAGUAGACCUUUCAGGAAACUGCUUUCAGCUGGCGGAACAAGAAGCCAGUGCCAGUCACAUGCAGAGAACCUCAGAAGAGUUCCCGACACUCUUGGAGGUCACUGCAAGAUCCAUCAAGAAGCAGAGGGUACCCUACACUGAGGAAGACCUCCCCCGCCAUCUUCACCACCAUCUAUCCCAAGUCAAGUGGUGUGUCUGCAGCAAUCCCUGCUUCCAGCCCUACGCCAAGCAUCGAGUCCCUUUCAACCUCCACCGUGUUGCCCACACCCUGGUUGGGCCCACAUCGGCACCGGUAGAAGGAUUCCUGUGCUCUGCCUUCUGCUGGUCCAAUCUGCAGGCCAACCCGAAUGCCCCAUGGAAAUGCAAACGGAAGUGAGUGGG